GCAGAGUUAUAUUCCAGAUCUGACCAUCUAGAGAUAGAGGCACCAUGAUUUCUGUCGCUGUGUUUUACCUUGUAGCUGUGAUUUGUUCUGCAAGACAGACACAUGCUGUACCUCUCUACCCCAACACUGACCUGGAGCCACAGGCAGAUUUCAUUCAGAAAUUGAUGUCAGAGGUGGAUGAUGGAACCAACACGGCUGAGGGGGAGCACAGAGAGGUGAACAAUCUGUAUCCUCUACUGAUGCAGCACAAUGGAGGAAGAGAGUUGUGGAAUAAAGGUGCUAAAGAGUCAAUACAACAAGACAAGUUUGCAAACAUGGUGGAGGACCUCAGAGAAGCCGUCUUGAAGCUGACAGCGGCCGACAAGCUUCGCUCUCAAGGGUUUUCUCAGAUCAGAGCAGAACUUGCCUAAAACAAACAAAAGAACAUGUUUCUGGAAAUACUGUGUCACCAACUAAAGCCCGGUGGCUGCAGGACGUUUGCUGUGAUUUCUUCACUGCCUGGUUGGCAACGCCUUCACUCUCCAUCAUCAUUUUUGUUUCCUAGUUUAUUCACCAUAUAUACCGGAUGAUCGAAAGUUAUAUUUUUGAAGUUGUAGAAUUGUCUUUUUUGAGGCUGAAAAUAAACUUGAAUAUCAGAAAUGUCAUAAAUGAAACCUGCUUUUUGUUGUGAGAUUUCAGGGUAAAGAUGUUUCUUAUAUUUACAGUACCUAAAGAAAGGAGCAUUAUGGUAUUAGUAGUAGGCACACAAAAAGACAAGAUGAUGACAAAUAAUUUUGAUAUUUAUUAUUAGUGUGACAGUGAUAAUCAUAUCAGAUACAGAAAUGUAUUUCAUUGUUUGCAUUAAAAUAACUGUAUAUGGAGGUUUCUGCAGCUGCUGCUCACACUUACACAAUCAUAUAUGUUUAAGAGAGGGUGAUUGAUCAUAAGAAUGUGGAAAGAUAUCUAUUUACACUAUAAACAAUAAU